CGGGGCCGCGCACGCAGCUGCCGCCGCCACCGCCUCCUUCCCUCCCCGCAGGCCCUCCUCUCCUGCCCACCCCUCCGCCCCCUUCCCCGUAGGCAGCUAGCCCGCCCGCCCGCCCGCCCGCACCGCCUCCCUCCCGGCCCCGAGCGCUCCGGCUGGGUCUCUCCCCCGCCCCCGCCCCCCCCCAAGGCUCCCCGGUCGUUCUCCUCAGGCGGUCGCCCGCGCUCGGUGGAUGUGGCUGGCAGCCGCCGCCCCCUCCCUCGCUCGCCGCCUGCUCUUCCUCGGCCCUCCGCCUCCUCCCCUCCUCCUUCGCCUCCUCAGCCGCUCCUCUCGCCGCCGCCGCCGCCGCCUCCACAGCCUGGGCCUCGCCGCGAUGCCGGAGAAGAGGCCCUUCGAGCGGCUGCCUGCCGAUGUCUCCCCCAUCAACUACAGCCUUUGCCUCAAGCCCGACUUGCUGGACUUCACCUUCGAGGGCAAGCUGGAGGCCGCCGCCCAGGUGAGGCAGGCAACCAAUCAGAUUGUGAUGAAUUGUGCUGAUAUUGACAUUAUUACAGCUUCAUAUGCACCAGAGGGAGAUGAAGAAAUACAUGCUACAGGAUUUAACUAUCAGAAUGAAGAUGAAAAAGUCACCCUGUCUUUUCCUAGUACUCUCCAAACAGGUACAGGAACCUUAAAGAUAGAUUUUGUUGGAGAGCUGAAUGACAAAAUGAAAGGUUUCUACAGAAGUAAAUAUACUACCCCUUCUGGAGAGGUGCGCUAUGCUGCUGUCACACAGUUUGAGGCUACUGAUGCCCGGAGGGCUUUUCCUUGCUGGGAUGAGCCUGCCAUCAAAGCAACUUUUGAUAUCUCAUUGGUCGUUCCUAAAGACAGAGUAGCUUUAUCAAACAUGAAUGUAAUUGAUCGGAAACCAUACCCUGAUGAUGAAAAUGUAGUGGAAGUGAAGUUUGCCCGCACACCUGUCAUGUCUACAUAUCUGGUGGCAUUUGUUGUGGGUGAAUAUGACUUUGUAGAAACAAGGUCAAAAGAUGGUGUGUGUGUCCGUGUUUACACCCCUGUUGGCAAAGCAGAGCAAGGAAAAUUUGCGUUAGAGGUUGCUGCUAAAACCCUGCCUUUUUAUAAGGACUACUUCAAUGUUCCUUAUCCUCUACCUAAAAUUGAUCUCAUUGCUAUUGCAGACUUUGCAGCUGGUAAAUGUUUAUGUUUAUUUUAUGAAGGUGCCAUGGAGAACUGGGGCCUUGUUACUUAUAGGGAGACUGCAUUGCUUAUUGAUCCAAAAAACUCCUGUUCUUCAUCACGCCAGUGGGUUGCUCUGGUUGUGGGACAUGAACUCGCCCAUCAAUGGUUUGGAAAUCUUGUUACUAUGGAGUGGUGGACUCAUCUUUGGUUAAAUGAAGGCUUUGCAUCAUGGAUUGAAUAUUUGUGUGUAGACCACUGCUUCCCAGAGUAUGAUAUCUGGACUCAGUUUGUAUCUGCUGAUUACACUCGUGCCCAGGAACUUGAUGCUUUAGAUAACAGCCAUCCUAUUGAAGUCAGUGUGGGCCAUCCUGCUGAAGUUGAUGAGAUAUUUGAUGCUAUAUCAUAUAGCAAAGGUGCAUCUGUCAUCCGAAUGCUCCAUGACUACAUUGGGGAUAAGGACUUUAAGAAAGGAAUGAACAUGUAUUUAACCAAGUUCCAACAAAAGAAUGCUGCCACAGAGGAUCUCUGGGAAAGUUUAGAAAAUGCCAGUGGUAAACCUAUAGCAGCGGUGAUGAAUACCUGGACCAAACAAAUGGGAUUCCCCCUCAUUUAUGUGGAAGCAGAACAGGUAGAAGAUGACAGAUUAUUGAGGUUGUCCCAAAGGAAGUUCUGUGCCAGUGGACCAUAUGUUGGAGAAGACUGUCCCCAGUGGAUGGUUCCUAUCACAAUCUCUACUAGCGAAGAUCCCAACCAUGCCAAACUGAAAAUUCUGAUGGACAAGCCAGAGAUGAAUGUGGUUUUGAAAAAUGUCAAACCAGACCAGUGGGUAAAGUUAAACCUGGGAACAGUUGGAUUUUAUCGGACGCAGUACAGCUCAGCCAUGCUGGAAAGUUUAUUACCAGGCAUUCGUGACCUCUCUCUGCCCCCUGUGGAUCGACUUGGAUUACAGAAUGACCUCUUCUCCUUGGCUCGAGCUGGAAUCAUUAGCACUGUAGAGGUUCUAAAAGUCAUGGAGGCUUUUGUGAAUGAGCCCAAUUAUACUGUAUGGAGCGACCUGAGCUGUAACCUGGGGAUUCUCUCAACUCUCUUGUCCCACACAGACUUCUAUGAGGAAAUCCAGGAGUUUGUGAAAGAUGUCUUUUCACCUAUAGGGGAGAGACUGGGCUGGGACCCCAAACCUGGAGAAGGUCAUCUAGAUGCACUCCUGAGGGGCUUGGUUCUGGGCAAACUAGGAAAAGCGGGACAUAAGGCAACGUUAGAAGAAGCCCGUCGUCGGUUUAAAGACCACGUAGAAGGGAAACAGAUUCUCUCCGCUGAUCUCAGGAGUCCUGUCUAUCUGACUGUUUUGAAGCAUGGUGAUGGCACUACAUUAGACAUUAUGCUAAAACUUCACAAACAAGCAGAUAUGCAGGAAGAGAAAAACCGAAUUGAAAGGGUCCUUGGGGCUACUCUUUCACCUGAAUUGAUUCAAAAAGUCCUCACGUUUGCACUUUCAGAAGAGGUACGUCCACAGGACACUGUAUCAGUAAUUGGUGGAGUGGCUGGAGGCAGCAAGCAUGGAAGGAAGGCUGCUUGGAAGUUUAUAAAAGACAACUGGGAAGAACUUUAUAAUCGAUACCAGGGAGGAUUCUUAAUAUCCAGACUAAUAAAGCUAUCAGUUGAGGGAUUUGCAGUUGAUAAAAUGGCUGGAGAGGUUAAGGCUUUCUUCGAGAGUCAUCCGGCUCCUUCAGCUGAGCGCACCAUCCAGCAGUGUUGUGAAAAUAUCCUGCUGAAUGCUGCUUGGCUAAAGCGAGAUGCUGAGAGCAUUCACCAGUACCUCCUUCAGCGAAAAGCCUCACCACCUACAGCGUGAGCCCUGAGCACACCACUGCUGCGGUCCUGCCGCUUGGCUGCUGGGGGGAUAAGGUGGGGCUACCGAACAGCUGAUUCACAUGCCAAGAAUUUGGAGUCUUCUUUCAAACCAGUGGGGGUUGGACAAUGAAUGUAGUUAACUGGUUCCUGCUCACACUCCAGAAUUAAAUCCUAUUGAAAAAGGAAAAUCAGCAAUUCAGCAAAAAAAUAAAAAUAAAAAGUAAAAAUGUAAAUAUGAUAGUAAUAAAAUAGAGCAUAACGAAACUGUGAAACUUCCUGAAGCCUUGUCAGUGGUUAAAAGUAUUUAACACUCUCCUGUUAAUGACAGAUGUUCUGUUUUUAUAACCUACCAAAAGGAAACUAGAGGCUUCUGGGUGAAGAAGAUUUUUUGUGAAGUAGGUUCUGCAAGCAGCCUACAAGCCAAGGGUAGUGUCCAUUGCUGGGAAUGGUUAAACGUGAAAGGCUGAUAGCUGGUAUAACAUAGAGUCUGUGCAUAAUUCCAAGUGUUUUUUGGUUUUUUUUUGGGUUUGUUGGGUUUUUGGUUUUUGGGGGGGUUUUUUGGUGGUUUUUUUUUUUUUUUUGGUUUUUUUUUUUUUUUGGCAUGGGGAGUGAUCGGGAAGAUAUAUUUUCCGCAUAACUCAUUCUGAACCAAGGAUCAUAAUUUUCCUCCAUGCCUUCCCUCCUGUGUGACCACCCAGCCAAAAGGAAAAAAAAAAGUGAAAAAAAAAAAAAAAAAACCAAACCUCUCCUGGUCUGGGUUUAUUCUUCCUCUUAGUUCCACCCCCAACCUCCACCCCCGGUGUCCUUCUUAGAGAUCAAGAAAUAAUAAGGAAACAUCUUUUAUAGCCACAUUAAAUAAGAGAAACUGAUAUACAUUAUUUUUUCUUUCUUUUUUAAGAUAACUUUUAAGAGCCCUGAGAUGCAUAUAGGUGAGACAUAGAAAUUAAAGGGUUUUCAGCCAGGCCGUCCUGAAGGAGUUAUUCUGCUAAAAAACAAACAAAAUGGUCGUAGUUGUCCGACAGGCCAACGGUUAAACCUCUUCAUGAUAGUAUCAACACUGGCUUCUCCCGGUUCACCGUGGACGUAGAAGAAGUCAGUGGCCCCCGCUGCAGGGGCCGUGUAUUAGUGGUGACUGGAUAGAACAGCAAAGACCAUAAGCCUGUGUGUGCCACUCUUUGCUUUAACAGUGUAUCCUACUAACAAGCCUCACCUACCUGACCCAGUGAGUUUUAACUCUACACUUCAUUGCUUUCCUCUGCCCCUACCUUUUUUCCUUUUUUUCUUUUUCCUCUUAUUUUUCCUUUUUAAAAAUAUUUGUUUUGUGUUAUUAACAGGAAUUUCAUAUUUGGUGUGGCUUAACUAUAUUUCAGAAGGUCAUCAGAUUGUGAGACUGCUUCCUUGAAACAUUUUUGUGCUAUUGUUUUAAAAAAAUAAUAAUUAAAAAGUUGGCGUUAAUAAAAAUGUCAAUGUGAAA